AUGCAAACGCGCUCGAGCACCGGUUUCAACACUAUACCCGAGAACGUCGCCGCCGUCGUGUUCUCGCACCUCGGGGACGACCCGCGAGACCGCGUCGCGCUCGCCCAGGUGAGCAAGGUGUGGAGGGACGCGGAGAAGUCUGACGCGUCGUUGCCUGGGGGCUCUCCGAGGGCGUUAUUCGAGCUCGGUCGAGGGCUUUACGACGCGGGGAAGAGGAAGCGUGCGGUCUACUGGUGGCGCAGGGCGACUGGAGACGCCGACGCCAUUUGCUGGAUCGGAAGCUGCUACCUCUAUGGGUACGGCGUGAAGAGAGACGUGACGAAGGCGGUCGAGUGGUUCGAAAGGGCGUCCAGGUGUGGGCACGCCGAAGCUACCUACUACCUCGCGGGGUGCUACGUGGAGGGCCUUGGCGUGGAGAAAAAUAUAGUGAAGUCGCUCGAGCUGUACGUCAAAGCGGCCGAGUUGGGUGAAAAAGGGGCCGCGUAUGCGCUCGGGUUCAUCUACAGAUACGGCCCGUACGCGAGGAGGUACGCGGGAGACGCGAGCCGGGACAACGACGCGUUUAGGGACGUGGCGGUGAACAAAACGGAGGCGCUGAAGUGGCACCGCGUCGCGGUGGAGCUCGGCGCCACCUACGCGCAAGACGAAGUGGACGCACUCGAGGCCGAGCUCGCGGCGGCGUGA